AUGACUUGCUUUGACCAUGACACUGCAGACAUGACACUGUGUUAUUCUGAGGCUGGGCCUCGAGUACCUUACCACUCCCAGAACACUGCCUGCAUCCAUGGCAGGGCAGAUGAGCUGCUGCAACAUGAGACAGCACAUGGGCCACAGCUCAGCUGUGAGGCCGUCAGGGCUCAGGCCUCAGCCAUCACUUUUAAAUUCGUGGUCGUAACGCGCUCACAAACACUUUUUGAAGUUUGUGAAUUGAAGACAGCGGCCCAUGACUGCCCAGGAUGGGGUUUACCGGGGAGACGCGAGUCUUCGGGUUGGUUGAAAGGUUUCCAAAUCAGCCGCCGCCGCGCGGCGGGAGGGACGCGGAUGCUCAGAAGAGCCACCCCACGUGCUUUCGGGGAAUCGGCCCGGGAGCCAGAAGGAGCAGGAUUGGGAGGAAACCGAAAAGCGAAAGUUAGACGUGCAGAGCGGUGCGCAGGCGCGAGCCCGGGGCUUUCCCGCUGCCUGCGCGCCCCCUGCCCCUCCCAGCCCCGCCUGCCGGGGAGCGGCGUCUGUCCCGUCUCCCCAGAGGCUAGCAGCGCCCUUCGUCUCUUCUGUACCUGCAUUGUCUGCAUGCAUGCUAACUCACUUUCAGGCAGCUGGGGUGGCUGCUCUUACAGGGGGUUCAUGCGCCUUCUGAACCAUGUGAGGAAAAGAAAAAUCCCUGGGUUCGCCGGAGAUGUUAGCUACUCCUGUUUGGCUGCCUGGAGCAUGGGAGAUGGGUGGAAGGAGUUGGAGAUAAGCCCUGCAGUGGAGACUGUCAUCUCUGACUCUGCAGUCAAGUCUUACCAUGGCACAGGCGUCAGGACUUUUUGUAGCUGGUCAUGGCUGAUGCCUUGGUAUGGUGACUUCCUGACCUGGCUCAGCAGCUUUCCCAGGAUGUGGAGACCCAGAGAGCUCUCCAGGUCUUGAGCUUUACCCACACUGUUACUAAGGGUGGCGUCUGGGCAGCGGCACCUCUAAGCGUCCAGUUGGGGCAAAGUAAGGAUCAACAUAGACCGCAACUCACCUACAUGCAUCACUAUCCAGUAAACUCCCUCUGCUCCCUCAUCACCACAGAAAACUGAAGGGAUGGAACAUCUCAUCCUAAACUCCUUUCCCAAGGCUCAGGUUGGAUCCAUGGGACCAGAGACUAUUCUAGCUGGGAAGAGCCAUGGGGCCCUCACAGAAAAGGGGAGCAUGCAGCCCAGGAAUUAAACCACUUACCCAAGGCCAGUGUUGUUAUUCUAUUCCCAGUCCUGUUGGCAUGAGGUUUUUACCUGUGUGUCUGCUGUGAACCCUGAUGCUGGGACAGUGUGGAUACAGCCAUCAAGACGAUUCUUAAUUCACCACAAGACACCUGGGAAUUGCUCCUGCAUUACCUCCAUCUUGUAUCUAGUGUGAUGACUCUUAACUUGCCAGAGCUCAGGACUUGGCUUAUUGGGCUUUUCCUUCAGGCGUUCAUACUGGUUUUUGAGUAAUGUAAGUGUGACUCUCUUAUUCUUGGCUUUGAUUUUAUUCUGAAAUUUUAACACAUUUCAACCUUCUAAGCCAAAAUCAUAAGUAAUAUGUGAGAAACAAAAUUGGAAAUGAAACAAACACAUACAAAGGGGCCUUUUGUUAAUAUUAUAUUAACAGUGGUUUUCUUAAAGUGUCUUAUCUUGAAAGUUUAUCUGAAGUUUUGAUUUCAGCAUUUCAAUAACAGCACUCCAGUUGGGAGUGCCCUGCCAGUGAAUGGAAGGCUUCAGAUGUGAACCAUUUCCUGGGAACUGGUACAUCUAAAGCUGAAGAAAUAGGAUGUGAUUGUUAGCAUAUUUCAGUCUUUAAAUGUUUUCAUUUGCUUCCUUCUUCUGAGCUUCAGAAGUUCAUCUGUCAUUCAGCAGAAUAUGGAGACUUCAUCUAAAAUUGAGAAAUGAAAAUGACCUUUGAGGAGACUAUUGUUUUGUAAAUAAGUAUUUCUUAAGGUGAACAUCCUCUUGUCUAUUAAAUACUCCAUAAUCUUUAUACCAAUUAAUUUCUUAAGUAUUCACAAAAGUAAUUGAGGUUGAUCAGUAUAAAAUAAAAGACAUCUUUUCAGUAGAUGGAAACUGUUUUAAGAAGGCCUAUUUAUCCCACAGAAACACAGUGCAGAAAUAGGUACAAGAUGUUGCAAAAAAAUUUUUUUUAUAACUAAAUGAUUUAAGGACAACUUACAUUAGAAUGAGCUGUCAAGGGAGAGUAUAGACUUUCCAUCCCUGGAGAUCUUCAGGAAAAGGACUAAAAACCACUUGAUUUAUGUAAAAUUUGCUGCCCCAAAAUGUGCCUCUUUGGCAUGUGUAUUAUUCCAGGCUGAUUAUUUUGAAGAAAUAGAAAGCUUAGUAAGAAACUUAGACCUCCCCAUGACCUCCUAAAGGAAUUUAGAUAGAGGACCUUCUCCAGGAAGGGAGCUAGCGCCAUAGAUAGCUGUAGUAUAAAAUGAACUAGGGUUGUAGACAGGGAGGAAUUUAGCAGAUCUCUUUCCUCUCUGUAUUGCAUUGUUUCUGUGUUAGCAAACAUUUACUCUUUUUCCUCUUCCUUCCUUUGAAGUCCCAGACCCUUAGCCCCUUCUCCUUUGCUCAGAAUGGUAUAUAAGCCUCACCUGCCUGACUGCCUGUGGACCUCAUAUUCUUAGGCAGCCCCACAGGUUUGUAAUUAAAUUUUAUUUUCUCCUGUUAAUCUGUCUCAUGCCAAUUUGACUCUUGAAGGGCAGAGGAAAUCUUUCCUCCCCCACACCAGAUACAAAGCUGUAGGGGCUCAGGGUGCUCCAAGAUUCUCUUAUUCUGGUAUAUGUUCAUCCUCAUGUAAAUUGGGGGUUUGAACUGCAUGAUGGUAUUGGGGAGUAAUAAUAAACAGAAUGUAUUAUUUUAAAUCAUGUUACAGCAUUUAGAUUAGGACUCAGUUCUCAGAAGAGUAUUAUCAUGCUGCUGUUGACUGUUACUCAUAUAUUGAGGAAGCUCCUGAGAUGGGACUAAUAGCACGAGGAAAAAUUACGCAAGAGAAAUUGGAAUUUGUGGUGCUUGAGUACCUAAAUUAAAAAUUAAAUUAGGUUUAUAAA